CCCGAGUCUCGAGACCUCGAAUAGUAGGAAUCAUUGCGCCGGCGGUCGUGAGGGCGGCUGUCGUACGAGUAAGCCAUGCACCGCGAUGGUGGAGGUCAGGCGAGCAGAGCGCGACCGUCGACGUGCGCAUACAAGAAGAAAUGAAGGACCAGGGUACAAUGCAGAAGAUCACAUUCUGCGUAGAUAAGAAUUGGCGGAGGGUCUUGUCAAAGGAAGCCCGCCAUUUCAGCACCACGCCCUAUUCAGCCAAGCAGUCCGUGCGACCUCGCAUCGACGCCGCCACUUCGCCCACCAUUGACUUUGGCCCUGCUUUGUCCACUCUAAGUUCCGGCUCUCUUACCGUUACCACAACACCAAACCAUCUGAGAUUUCUCUGCUUUUCUAGAAAUUGCAAGUGCUUCAUUGCCUGCUUAGUCAAUUUCUAUUCAUGUCUGAUCUUCCCACACUCGAACAAUUUACUUUCAGCCUUGCUGCAGCACAAGAAUGCACGUUGCCGUGAAACCGGCCCAGUACUAACUUACCUUUCCAUUCUUCUUCCAGCUAGGAGGCCCACAGUGCAGGCAAACAAUUGCCGACACCCCAUCAUCUCCUUCUCUCCCGCGCGCAUUACAUUAACAGGUACACACUUCAUCUUAUUUACUUCUACUUUUCUCCUCGCUGUGUUUGCAACACUGCCGGUACAUUCCGAAAGAGCGGUGGGAACUCCCAAAUUUCGCAGUUCACAGCCACCACUGAGGCCAGCUCACCACAUCCCAGCCCUACAGCUCCAGCACAGAGCCUCAUUUCGAACCAACACUGGCUCUAGCUUUCAAACUGCAAUAUUUUUUUCCCGUCUUCUCCACAUUUUGUUUCGUAACCCGAUCCUAGGCAGUCUUAAGGUUAAUCUAAAGCCAAGUGCAGCGUCCACUUCCGGUGAGUUCCGGAUGCGGUUUUAUAUAUCUUUGCAGCGAAGCCCUAACGUUACUUCGACCGUGCGCCUCACUGUUGCCGCCAUCGCUCUGAGGGAGAGGCAUAUUCAGGACAGAAAUUCGCAUCCCGUUAGCAGUCUGCCUCAACCUAGCAAGCGAUCUAGUAGUUACAUUCCAUACUAUGCUGUAAGAUUCCAUACUAUGUUGCACCCCAAGAGCAUGUUGGCCCUUCUAUAUUGGCAUCAUACAAUGGAGAAAAACAUGCAUUUAAUCCAAGGCAGUAGUGUGUGCCCCCAUUACACCCUCUCUAAUUUUACCAAGGGAUAUUAUUGUUUAAGGCUGUUGGGCUAA